CUCAAACAAGAGGAGACCACCAAAGUCUAAAAGUUUAUCACGGGAAAUUAAAUCCUUUGAUCAAAUGCAUGAAGAGGACAAAUUAAAUUGUAUAUAAGAGACAGCUUGCUUGCUUUUGUAUGUGGUCAAGUGGAGCGUUAUGAAUAUGAGGCAAAUGUGGGUGUGGAUGCUGCUCAUGGCACUGGCCUUCGUCAACGAGCGGUGCCAUUGUUGUUUGGAGGAAGAGAGAAUUAGUCUCUUAGAGAUAAAAGCUUGGUUCAAUCAUGCAGGUGCAGCUGGGUCCUAUGAUCAGCUAGAAGGUUGGGAUAAAGAGCAUUUUAAUUGCUGUAAUUGGGAUUAUUAUAGGGUUGUGUGUGACAACACCACAAACCGAGUGAUCGAACUACAUCUUUCUAGCGUAAAUUAUGAUGGUCUCAAUGCAGUCGAAGACUUGGAUCUCAAUUCGUCUUUGUUUCUGCCUUUCAAAGAACUGGAGAUUCUCGACUUAAGCGGCAACCAAUUAGUUGGUGGCUUAAAGAAUCAAGGCUGGUGUGAACUGAAGAAUCUUGAACACCUAUCUCUCUCAGGAAACAAUCUAAAGGGCGUACUCCCUCCUUGUUUGGGAAAUCUAUCAUCUUUACGAUCCUUGGAUUUAUCUGACAACCAAUUGGAGGGCAAUAUUGCCCUUAGUCACCUUUCACAUCUUCCGCAGCUUCAAUACCUCAAAGUUUCAAAUAACUACUUUCAAGUUCCAAUAUCAUUUGCUUCAUUUAUGAACCUCUCCAACCUCAAGUUCUUUUUAUGCGAUAACAAUGAGCUAAUAGCUACACCCAGUUUUCAGCCUUUAGUUCCAAAGUUCCGGCUUCGUGUUUUUAGUGCUUCAAACUGUACUCCAAAACCACUCGAGGCUGGAUUGCCAAACUUCCUCCAGAGCCAAUAUGAUUUGGUGUUUGUUGAUCUAUCCCACAACAAAUUCGUUGGAGAACCUUUCCCAUCUUGGCUGUUUGAGAAUAAUACAAAGUUAAAUCGACUAUAUUUGAAAGACACCUCAUUUAUAGGUCCUUUGCAGCUGCCACAACAUCCAACACCCAACCUUCAGACAGUAGAUAUGUCUGGCAACAGCAUACAUGGUCAAAUUGCAAGGAACAUAUGUUCGAUUUUUCCACGUUUGAAGAACUUCAUGAUGGCUAACAACACCCUUACAGGUUGUAUUCCUCCUUGUUUUGGGAAUAUGAGCUCUCUCGAAUACUUGGAUCUUUCCAACAAUCACAUGUCUUGUGAACUGCUUGAGCAUAAUUUGCCAACCUCGUUGUGGUUUUUAAAGCUGUCCAAUAACAAUUUCAAAGGGCGAUUACCACUCUCUGUGCUCAACAUGACUGACCUAGACUACCUCUUUCUCGAUGGAAACAAAUUUGCAGGACAAGUAUCGGGUACCUUUUCUCUUGCAUCAUCAUUUUCGUGGUUUGAUAUUAGUAACAAUCUUUUGUCAGGCAUGCUUCCAAGGUUGCGGGGAAUUGGGAACUCUUCACUAAACAGCUUGCGGGGAAUUGGGAACUCUUCACUAAACAGCUUGCAGGGAAUUGAUUUGUCCAGAAAUCAGUUUGAAGGUACCAUUCCAAUAGAAUAUUUCAAUUCUUCUGGGCUUGAAUUUUUAGAUCUUUCUGAAAACAAUCUGUCUGGGUCUUUGCCAUUGGGCUUCCUUGCAUCAUAUUUACGCUAUGUCCACCUAUAUGGAAAUCGAUUGAGCGGUCCACUGCCAUAUGCUUUUUGUAAUCUCUCUUCGUUGAUGACAUUUGAUCUCGGCGAUAACAACUUAACUGGGCCCAUUCCAAAUUGGAUUGAUAGCCUUUCGAAAUUGAGCAUUUUUGUUCUCAAAUCUAAUCAAUUCAAUGGGAAACUACCUUAUCAGUUAUGCUUGUUAAGGAACUUAAGCAUAUUGGAUCUUUCAGAAAAUAACUUUUCUGGUCCGUUACCCUCAUGUUUGAGCAAUUUAGAUUUUACGGCAUCGGAUGAAAAAACUUGGGUUGACACUGGUAGGGAGACAGGAGAUGAUGGAAGCCGGAAAGAAAUAUUUGCAUCCAUAGGGGGAAGAGAAUUGGAGAACGAAGGUUUUUAUCUUGAUGACAAAAUUUUGUGGCCAGAGAUCAGUGUAAAAAUAUCUGUAGAGCUUACAGCAAAGAAAAAUUUCUACACUUACAAAGGUGAUAUCCUUAGUUACAUGUCUGUUAUGGAUCUUUCUUGUAACAGAUUCACUGGAGAAAUCCCGACAGAAUGGGGAAACUUAAGUGGGAUAUAUGCUCUAAAUCUGUCGCAAAAUAAUCUCACUGGAUUGAUCCCUUCAUCCUUCUCCAACCUGAAGCAGAUAGAGAGCUUGGAUCUUUCUCACAACAACUUGAAUGGGAGAAUUCCUGCACAACUCAUUGAACUGACCUUUCUAGCAGUUUUCAACGUGUCGUACAAUAAUUUGUCAGGAAGAACACCGGAGAUGAAAAAUCAAUUUGCUACCUUCGAUGAGAGCAGUUAUAAAGGGAAUCCUCUUCUUUGUGGACCUCCAUUGCAAAACAGUUGCGACAAGACAGAAUCACCAUCCGCGAGAGUGCCUAACGAUUCCAAUGGAGAUGGUGGCUUCAUAGACAUGUACAGUUUCUAUGCCAGCUUUGGUGUGUGUUACAUAAUUAUGGUAUUGACAAUUGCAGCAGUACUGUGCAUAAAUCCGCAUUGGCGACGCAGGUGGUUUUACUUCAUUGAAGAAUGCAUCGACACUUGCUACUGCUUUUUGGCUAUUAACUUUCCCAAGUUGUCCAGAUUCAGAAGGUGAUUGGAUCUUAUCAGGAGCGUGUGGUCUGCUUUCUGAAUUUGUUGUAAUCCUCUGUGGAGAAGCAGUCGCAUUCCAAAUCAAUGGUUGCUCACUGCAUGUUUAGCAAUUUGCCUGUGAGAAGUGUUCUGUGGAAGUGUUCUUGUUGCUUAGCCUUUCUGUUUUGAUGUGACUUGUGCUUGUCCUUGUGCUUGUAUCAGUAAUUGUUUGUAUCAGUUAUGUUUUGCUGAGCAACCAACCAAUUCUUGGCUUCUUGUAAUACGGGAUUUAUGAAUUUAUUGCGAAUGCUUUCCAUAAGUUUUCCAGCUUAAAA